AUGACGGUGGAGAUGGCCCAGGACCCGUAUACAUUCCCGCCAGGGUCUUUGCCUUUGCCCUUUCAACGUCUACGGCACCAUGGAAUCCUCCUCAACGCCUCGGAGCAGCGCGAGCUUGCAUCUCGCAUGGAGAAGAAGCAGAUGAAGGAGUUCAUGACUAUGUACUCCAGACUCGUCCAGCGUUGCUUCGACGACUGCGUCAAUGACUUCACUACCAAGUCGCUCGUCUCCCGUGAGGAGAGCUGCGUCCUUCGCUGCGUCGACAAGCACCUCAAGAGUUCCGCCCGACUGGGCGAGCGCUUCCAGGAGCAGAACGCUGCCAUGAUGCAGGGCGGUCAGCUCCCUGGCCGGUAA